AGGGGACAUUCCGAGCUAGCUAAUAAGCCCCGUACCCCCAUCCAACGCAGCAAACGCCACUAGGGCAAAGGGCAACGCUUGUCGCUAUCAACCCGCUAUCAACCAACCAGCCAACCAAACCGGGAAUGUCGACGGCGGCGGCUCAUUAGGAAGGAGCGUGGUGGUCGCACGUCAAAAGCCCUGCGAAGCCCUCGAACCGCUCCGAGCCACUUGCCUGCGUUCCACACGCCUCUCUCUCUCUCUUUCUCUCUCUUUUUCGCCGGAUUCUUCGGGUAUUCCUGGUACCCGGGUCGCAGCCAUUGUCAGUGUCAGAGAUGUCACCAAGUGUUCCCGGACAAAAAAGCAAAAAGAAAACCAAUAACACAAACAAAAGAACCGAUAAUUCGAAGGAUGUUUCGCUUGCGCACCAUUCGGUAGGGACGUGAGCCUGGGCCGGGUGGAUGGAAGGAGGUUUCGUCUGCGUUACAGUGUUCGUUUGUUCGUUCGUUCGUCCGUUCGUUCGUGUGGGUUCGUGCGCUAGUAGUGUGACUGGCAGGUCCAACCAAAGGGGAAGGGAAAGUGUAAUGUGAAUGUGGAAGCCAACCAGCCCGCCAGCCUAACCAGGAGCUACAAGCCCCCUCCCCCUCCCCCCUCGCACGCGCGGUCGGGGAUCACAUAGUGCGAGCGGGCGAGCGAACGAACGAGCGUUAGUGGCUUUACGCAAAAACGCCAAAACGUCGGCUCGCAGCUGAUGGUGCAUCACCAAGCAGCCACAGUUGUGCCACAGUUGUGGCUCGUUCGGGUUGUUCGGGUUGAACCUUCUAGCCGGUAUUCCAGCAACGAACCAAGCAGCAGCAGCAGCAGCAGCAAAAGUUCACCGGAAAGUUUGCGCAGCGUAAAACGUUGCUUUGAAUUGAAUCAAUGUGCAAUUGAAGAGAGAUCAACAUACCAAUGUAGAGGCGCACGGAAGUGAACGAUAGACAGACAGAAAGAGACAGCAAGGAGGAGAGAGAGAGUGUGUGUCUGUGUGAGAGAGAGAGCGCUAAAGGGUGGCCCUUUCGCCUCCCUUUUUCCCCCAUCCCCACCCUCUGGUGGGGGUUAGAUGUGACUAGAUUUCAGCUAUCAAAACCUCGCACACGGAAGAGUCGCGUCGAUUGCGAGCACACACACACGCACGCACACACACACGCACGCACACACACACACACACACACACACACACACCCAUUGUAAUCCACACCGAUCAACCGCCUAGCUAGACUGGCUGGCUGGCUGGCUCUGACUCUCCCGGAGGAGGAAGGGAGGGUUUGCCAAUAAACCCAAUAAACGGUUUGCCAGCUCGCGCCGGGAGCCAACAUCAACAUCAAUCAGUCCAUCAGGCGAAACGACCAAUCAACAAACGGGCCGCUCUCCGGGGAAGAUGGAGAAGUUGCACGAGUAUCAGGGCUGGUCGGGUCGGUGGCACGAAUGGCGCGCCGGUGUCCGGCAGCGCUGCGAAGCGUGGCGCGAGCAGCACCCGGCCGGUCUGCGCCAGUAUCUGCUCGAUUCGUUCUCCCUAACACCGUCGCCCGGUGGCCGGCGUACUGAUGAUGGUGGUGGUGGUGGUGGCGGUGGCGGCGGGUGGAACGAGAAUACGGUCGACUUUUCACACAUCUACCGCCCGAAAACUCGGCUCGAGCUGGUGCGCGUCUCGGCGGCCGUCAUGGGUAUCGAGUUCUCGUACGCCGCCGAGACGGCCUUCGUGUCGCCAACGCUGCUGAAGAUUGGUGUCGAGCACCAGCACAUGACGCUCGUCUGGUGUCUGUCGCCGUUGGUCGGCUUCUUCCUGACACCGGUGCUCGGUUCGCUCAGCGAUCGCUGCCGGAGCAACCUUGGCCGGCGGCGCCCGUUCAUACUGCUGCUGUCGCUCGGUGUGCUGCUCGGCCUGCUGCUCGUACCGAACGGUGAAGAUCUGGGUUACGCGAUGGGUGACUUCAAUCCGUACACCACGCCGACCGCCGGUAAUCUUACCGCAGCGGACGGCAGCGUCGUGGGACCGCAGAUGAUCGGGUUGCCACACCGGGCGACCGCAUCGGAAACGGUGCCGGCAGCGCUACCGCCCGAUGGCGACGAGCAAUCGUCGACGAGCGCGCCGGCACACCGACCGCGCCACCCUUGGGGUAUCUUCUUCACCAUCCUCGGUACGGUGCUGCUCGACUUCAACGCCGAUGCCUGCCAGAGCCCGUCCCGGGCGUUCCUGCUCGACGUCACCGUACCCGAGGAUCAUGCCCGCGGUCUCUCCACCUUUACGAUAAUGGCCGGGUUGGGUGGGUUCAUGGGUUACUCGCUCGGUGGUAUCGACUGGGACAGCACGACACUGGGCGUCGUGUUCGGUGGGCACGUACGGGCCGUGUUCUCGCUCAUCACGAUCAUCUUUAUCGUGUGCGUGCUGUUUACCGCGACGAGCUUCAGCGAGAUACCGCUCUGGAUACUGGAGGAGGAGAUCGAGCGGCAGGAACCACCGGCACCGGCACUGGCACCGGCAGCGAACGCUGGACCGCUCGAACGGAUCGAGCUGGCGGCCAACACAUCGUACGGUGCGACCGAGCGCCUAGCGACGAGCGGCUCUAGCAUCGACGACGACCACCGGCUGCAGCAUCCAGCCACAACCCCCACCACCACCACCACCAUGAAACAGCAUCAGCAUCAGCAGCAGCGCCGCUAUACGAUGCCGGCACCACUACUCAAUCUAGCCAUGCCGACCAAGUCUACCUCGAACUACGAUGUGCUACCGGGCGAUAACUACAACGAGACGAGCUUUGGCGCUCGCGAAGAAGCCCUGCACGACCACCACCACCACCACCAGGCGGAUCCGACCGAACUAGCGAUCGAUCCCACCACCACCGCCACCGCCACCACCGGGAGCCAUCCGUCUGCCCCGCUGGGAACCGUUUCGCUCGGCACCUACCUGCUGUCCAUCGUCUACAUGCCGCACUCGUUGCGCAUGCUCUGCCUGACCAAUCUGUUCUGCUGGAUGGCUCACGUCUGCUACUCGCUCUACUUUACCGAUUUCGUCGGCGAGGCUGUCUUUGGUGGUGAUCCAAAGGCGCUGGACGGUACCGAGAAGUAUCUGCUGUACGAGGCCGGUGUCCGGUUCGGUUGCUGGGGUAUGGCCAUGUACUCGCUCUCAUGCGCCUGCUAUUCGCUGGUGAUCGAGCGGCUGAUCAAGCGACUCCGCGCUCGCCGUGUUUACGUCGGCGGUUUGCUGUUCUACUGCUGUGGUAUGACCAUGAUGGCGCUGACCAAGCAUCGGAUCGGCGUGAUCGUGUUCAGCUGGACCGCCGGUGUGAUGUACUCGACGCUCUUCACGAUGCCGUACCUGCUGGUGGCCCACUAUCACUCGGUAGGGGUGUUCGAGGUGGACAAGACGGGCAUGGUGAAGAAGCCGGCCGAUAAUAUCCGCGGGCUCGGCACGGAUGUGGCCAUCGUCAGCAGCAUGGUGUUCCUGGCGCAGUUUGUGCUGUCCAUUUGCAUGGGUUCCAUCGUUGCCUGGAGCGGCACCACCACGGCCGUGGUUAGCGUAGCAGCCCUGCUUAGCUUCUGCGGGGCCAUCGCGGCCACGCAGGUGAUGUACUUGGAUCUGUAAAGCACGAUCACGCCACGGCCCGGCCGCCUCAUUCCUAUUAUUACUAUGUAUCGUAUUCAAAACCGUGUAACCCUCAUAUGUCCCAAAACGCGCGUGCAUUUAGUUUUGUGUGCAUUUACCUGGAUGUAGGCCGUGCAAUGUGAGAUAACGCACAUCAUUGUCACUAUCUGUAGAGCAUCGUUCUUGCAAAAACCCACCUUACAUGUUUUACAGGAGUGGACGAUAUUAGCCUAAUAAAUGGUCUCUCCCCGGCUCUAA